AUGGCAAUGUCGAAAACUUCAGGCCUGGCGAUCUCGUCGACCGAGCCGGCUGCACUAUACAUUGCGCCUAUCCCCCUCGAUGACGAUGAACAACGAAGGAUCCGACGAGUGUUGAUAACAAAUCGUGGAGAGAUAGCAUGUCGAAUAGCUGAAACUUGUCGGAAGCUCGGCGUGACAACGAUCGCCGUAUAUGUCGACGAGGAUGCGACUUCCAAACACAUUCUCGAAGCUGACGAGGCCAUCGGACUGGGAGCAAUCGAUCAGAAAGGUGGCAAUCCAUACCUCAACAUCAGCCUUUUGAUUCAGACUGCGCUCAGUACUGGAGCGGACGCUGUUCACCCAGGUUACGGAUACCUCAGCGAGAAUGCGGCCUUUGCAACUGCUGUACGGGAGGCAGGGAUUGCAUUCAUAGGGCCAAGCUCCCAUGCGAUGUCCACGUUGGGCGACAAAAGAUCAGCAAAAGCCUAUUUGCGGGAACAUGAUUCUAGAGUGCCGUUGAUACCCGGUGCCUUCGGAGCAAGUCAAAAUGUCGACGACCUUCAGCGAUUCGCGGACGAGAUGGGGUAUCCCGUCAUGUUGAAGGCUUCAGCAGGUGGCGGAGGAAAGGGCAUGCGCAUUGUCCGCGAAGCGUCCGCAUUUCCUGGAGAACUUCGCACAGCCCAAUCUGAAGCUGCCCGAUUCUUUGGUUCCAGCGACUGUAUUCUGGAGAAGUAUAUCGAAGCGGGCAAGCACAUUGAGAUUCAAAUCAUCGGCGAUAAGCAUGGCAAUGUGUACAGUCUCGGGGAACGGGAGUGCUCAGUUCAGCGACGUCACCAGAAAGUGAUCGAAGAGACGCCUUCGCCGUGGCUCGAUGCCGCCAAGCGCCAAGAAAUGAGUGAAGCCGCCGUCCGCGUAGCGAAACUACUCGGCUACGAGAACGCUGGUACCGUGGAAUUCGUUUUUGACGUGCAGACUGGGAAAUUUUACUUCCUCGAAGUGAACACCCGUUUACAGGUCGAGCAUCCCAUUACCGAGGAGGUCACCAGGUUGGACAUCGUAUCGUUACAGUUAUUUGUAGCGGCAGGUGGAGACCUCUCGUCGCUUCCUCGACUCCAAGCGAUUCAGCAAGUAGGUCAUGCAAUCGAAUGCCGACUAUGCGCUGAGGAUCCCAGCCGAGACUUCUUUCCGCAGACGGGCACCAUCAGGCUUUGGCAGCCCGCGAAACUAUCGGAGGCAGAGUCUAGACACAUUCGCUUCGAGACCGGUGUCCAAAGCGGAUCGCAAAUCUCCAUCCACUUCGAUCCAAUGAUCGCCAAAAUUGUAGUCUGGGCACCGACGAGAGGACAGGCACGAAACCAACUGGCUCGGGUCCUCGCUGAAACUGCUUGCAUCGGUGUAAGAACAAAUCAGCAGUUUCUCCAGAAAUGUCUACUCAACCCUGGCUUCUCAUAUCCUGGCUAUACCACAUCAUUUAUCCCACAAAACCUCCCUGCAUUGCUGGCUCCGUCGAACCAGCGAGCUGCCGCCCAUUUAGUCGCCAGUCUACCAUUGGUCGCGGGAUACAUUCUCAGUGCGCUGCCGCAAUAUCUGCCGCAAUCACGUAGUUCCGGAAGAGCUUUCGCCAAAGUCGGAUCUGGUUUCAGAAAUCAGAACUAUGAUAGAGUCAAUCGCGCACAGCGCAGAAUUGUUCUCAUGCCAGACGCCGACGCGAACAUGCAGCCAUUUGUCUGUUCAUGGGACUCCAAGGGAAGUCGAGACAAAGGCGCACGCUUCGAUGGACUGAUAGCGCCUCUUCCCAAAGCAGGCGGCCUCACCAAGUCGCCUGCUAACGCGGCUGCGAUCUACAACACUUUGAGCAACGCCAUGAGAAGUGGCAGCCUUCCUGGGGAGGUGACGCACAGCAUCGCGAUCAAUUCAUCUACUGUCCGUACUGUCAGAUCAGGGGCGGCAUCUUGGCUACACGCCACGCUCCGCGUCUCCAUCAAUGGUGUGAACUAUCCAAUCGAGAUGGCCACAGAGCGAGAAGACACAAGCUCCUCCAGCAUCACACAUACGGGAACUGGAAUCAGAGCCAUGUGCCAUCUUCCUCACCUUGGCACCUGGGUCGAUCUCUCCUGCUUCAGUGUCCUAUCUUAUUUCGAACACUUGCGGGAAGCCAGUGAAGGAGGUACAGGAGAGAAGCUGAGAAUCGUAACUGCGCCAAUGCCCUGCAAGAUCCUCUCGGUACUCAAAAAGGAUGGCGACAGCGUCAAAGCAGGAGAGAAAUUGAUCGUUGUGGAAUCUAUGAAAAUGGAGAUCAGCAUUAACGCGGCAGUUGAUGGCACGUUUCAGUCAAAGGUACAGGAACAGGACGCCGUGAAUGAAGGAACGACGCUUUGUAUUGUGGAAUAG